GACAAGACAAGCAAAAUAAAAAUGUUGCGACAUCAGUUAUUAGUCGAUUAGAAGUUAAAUAUUUCAGUAUGAAUCGUAAGCGAAGCUUGUUACCAAAAUUUUACAAGUCAAAAAGAAGAUGUUUAAAUCCAAUCAAUGGAGAUGUCAUUGAUCAUUUUGAAGGAGAAAAUGCUUUAUCAAUAAAUGACAUGCCAACAGAUACAUCCUUCUCAUUACAAUAUUUACGUCAUCAGUUUCCUGUGGAGAAAUUUGAACAUCAGAUUCCACCAAUUAUGAUGAAGCAUCAAGUUUAUUCCAUGGUUGAAAAUCGCACUAUUGUUGAUAAGCAUUUGAAUGAUUUACGUGAAGAAGGAAUGAUAAAGAUACUAAGACUGGGAGCCAAUGCUGAUGAACUGUGUAUUGUUUAUACUGAAGAUUAUACCAAUCAUUGUUUAAACAUAAUGAAAGAUAAAAAUAUAGAGACAUCUAUUAUAGAUAAAUGUAAAGAAACCAUUCUAAAGACAUGUAAAGAUAUCAGUGUAGAUACAGAAACUUUAAUGAAAGAUUAUCUGUUUACAGACAAAGAAAUAACCCACUUAGUGAUAUCUUCAAUAUUAACUGCUAGAGAUAUAGGUUCAUACUGGAUUUCAAUACCUAAUGCUGGAUUCUUUAUGAAAACCUUCAUGAAAGGAAGAAAGGUUAUUUUGACUAUGUUGCGUAGAUGUAAAUAUAAACAGAUUUUACAAACGGAAAUGGAACAAAGAAAAUGGCCAAAAUUAGCUCGUUUAGGGAUUAUGUAUCAUAUAAGUGAUAUAAUAGGUGGAGAUUUAGUUCAAAGACAUCAGACUACCUCAGGAUAUUUAUUAAGAUUAAAAGAUUAAAAUAAGAUCUUUGUUACACUGAAAUCUGUGAUAUUGUAUGCUAGUCAUUAAUAUCAUAAAAUCUUACCAGUAUUUACAUGGGCAAUUUCUCAUCUGAGACAUUGAUAGACCGUGCAUAAAGAUAUAUGGAGUUGCUGGAAAUCUAUGAAAUGUCUUGAACUGAGCAAGCCCGUUUCUGAUGAAAAUUCUGUAAAGGGCAUUUAUUUAUUGUUAGCAUGAUGACUGAGCUCUAAAAAAGAGUAAUUUUUUUUCUGCAUUUUUAUUUUGAUAUUAUGUAUUAUUUAUUCUGGUUUUAUAUAUUGUUUUUUUUUUGGGUGCCUCCUUCUGUUUUAAUUGCUCAAGAUAUAAAACAUAUUUCUUGUGGAUAUAGAUAAAAACAAGAGUUUGAGGAACAAAUGAACGUAAUUGUUUAUGAAUGCAUGGUUGUAUAAUACUUAUAGUGAAAUUGGUUAUUGGAAUGUAUUGGUUAUAAUAUUUUUGAAAUAAAUUUAUUUUAUGGUU